AUGUCAUCACAAGUGCCGACCGUCGCAUUCCAAAGACUCAAAAAAGAUUACCAGAGACUUCUAAAAGAGCCAGUUCCAUACAUGAAAGCUGCUCCAUUAGAAACCAACAUUCUAGAGUGGCGGUACAUCAUCAUUGGAGCACCGAAGACGCCGUAUGAAGGUGGUAUCUAUCAGGGGAAACUGCUUUUCCCGAAAGAUUUUCCGUUCAAACCUCCGGCAAUUCUCAUGCUCACUCCGAAUGGAAGAUUCCAGGUCAAUACCCGUCUGUGUUUGUCGAUUUCCGACUACCAUCCCGAUACGUGGAACCCGGCUUGGACGGUGUCGACCAUCAUCACUGGUCUCAUGUCAUUCAUGAAUGACAAUCAGCCAACACUGGGUUCGGUCGUCACUUCGGAAUCAGAACGUCGUCUUCUGGCCAAAAAAUCGAAACAGUUUAAUAUGAAGGACAAAACUUUCUGCUCCCUUUUCCCAGAAGAGGCGGAUCAGAUUCGUGAGGAGAUUGAAAAGAUGAAUCAAGAGGAGCUGGAUAGUAUCAAGGAGGAAGAAACCGCUCUGAGAAAUCGACGCAGAGGCGACGCAUCGCGCGGAGUUCCCCGACUAUCUUCAUUUUUGUCGAAUAUGAUGAUGAUUGCAGGCGUGGCGACAUAUCUACUGGUUGCCGGCGCUUUUUGCUCAAUUUGCACACUUGCUGUGAUUUUUAAUUGUGGAUGGGACGAUAAUCGAACGGAACUGAAGAAUGAACGAUCUCCAUAUUCACUACCAUCGACUGCAGUUUUUCCGGAAACAUUCCUCUUCGUGUCAGUCCUCUCCUCACCAAACGAAACCGAUCGACGGCAGAAUGUUCGUGAAACGUGGUUCCGACUCUCUGCGAAAGGUCCCUCGGUUUUCAUUACGAGAUUCAUGGUUGGAACGAUGGGAUUAACUGGAGAGGAACGAAAAGAGUUGGACGAGGAGAAUGAGAAAUUCGGAGAUUUGUCUUUCUUGGAGAGACACGAAGAGUCGUAUGAUAAACUGGCGAAAAAAACGCUGGCUAGUUUUGUUCAUGCUCAUGAACAUUUCAAGUUCAAGUUCUUCCUCAAAACUGAUGCUGACUCAUUCGUCCGGAUCACUCCGCUUAUAAUGAAUCUGAAAACUGUUCAACACCCAAUGCUCUACUGGGGAUUCCUUGAUGGCCGUGCUAAACCGUUCCGAAAAGGAAAAUGGAAAGAACCAGAGUGGAAUCUCUGCGAUCGAUAUCUUCCAUAUCAACUCGGUGGUGGAUAUAUUCUGUCUUAUGAGCUUGUUCGAUUCCUUGCCACGAAUGCUCCACUCUUCCGAAUCUACAGAAAUGAAGAUGUUUCAGUGGGUGCCUGGUUGGCAGGUCUCGAUGUGAAAUAUGUGCAUGAUCCACGAUUCGAUACUGAAUGGAUAUCUCGAGGAUGCAGUAAUGAGUAUCUUAUUACUCACAAGCAUACGAUGGAGGAAAUGACCGAAAUGUACAAUAAUCUGAAGACAAGUGGAAGAUUGUGCACAAAAGAAUUCCAACGCCGUCUUUCUUACGUCUACGAUUUCUCCAAAGCCCCCAGCGAGUGCUGCACCAGAAUCAACGGGACCAAUAUUCCAUAA